AGAUGUCACAAGUCGAUCUCGUAUUCGAGCGCGAUUGAUCAUGCGCGUUUAAAUAUAAUGUCAGAGACGGGACCUACAUAAAGUAAAAGUGAUCGUGAAAAUCGGGUCGGUAAAUUCCUUUCAAGUUGAAUACGAGUUCGUAAGUGUGGAAAACUUUGAUUGAUUUUAAUGAUAAAUUUUUCUCACUAUCUGAAGGUGAUCUAUCUGCAUGUGGACGCGUGUCAAUUGACUAAUUCAAUCUUUUAAGCCCGAAAGCCCACUUAUUUCCGUUCGUCUCUAUGUCUAGUGAGCAGAAGACAGCAAUCUAUUCUAAGAAACGUCUGACAAUUACGAGUUAAAUAAAGUGAAAAAAAUCGAACCGGGAGACAAUGAUAACAAUGUUGAUUUUGGUAAUUUUGCUUCUUUUAUUUAUCAUUGUAAUGCAACGAAAAUUGAAAUAUCCAGCAAAUUAUCCACCAGGUCCUUUUCCAUGGCCAUUCAUUGGAAAUAUGUAUUAUUUUAAAAAAUUAUGUAAAAAACUUGGUGGACAACAUUUGGCAUUCUCGGAACUCUCCAAACAAUAUAAUAGCAAUGUCAUUAGUCUACGCUUAGGUGAUAGCGACACAAUUAUUGUUUCGAAUAGUAAAUCAAUUUACAAAGUAUUAAGCCAAACAGAGUAUGAUGGCCGGCCUUGGAAUGAAUUUAUAAAAAUACGAAAUAUGGGAAUGAGAAGCGGGAUCACCAUGAAUGACGGUCCAGAAUGGAAAAAGCUACGCAGCUGGACUGUAUACGCUUUGAAAAAUGCUGGAUUUGCUCAAAAACAAAUAAUGGAGCUUCUUUUGAAUGAACUGGAACUCAUCCUGAAGAAAUUGAAAAAGGGCGGCGUGCAAGAUAUACAAACUAUAAUUGCACCCACCAUCAUAAACGUACUUUGGAUCCUAAUUGCAGGAAAGCGAUUCUCUCAGGAUCAGAGGUUACAGAAUUUUUUGAAUCUGAUGCAACGUCGUUCAGUCAUUUUCGAUAUGUUUGGUGGAGUUCUGUCCAUUUUUCCUUGGCUUCGUUUUGUCUUUCCCGAGAAAUCGGGAUACAGCCUCCUCGUUAAAAUUAAUAAUGAAUUAAAGAGUUUAUUAAUGGAAGCUAUUAAUGAACACAAAGAACGAUUUAUCGAAGGAAAAAAGGAAGAUUUUAUCGAUAUGUUUCUCCAUGAAAUGUUGACGCAGAAAGAUAAGAAUACUGUGUUUUCAGACGAGAAUCUCAUUGUAACACUGAUCGAUCUCUUCAUCGCUGGAACAAAAACCACGACAGCGACUUUAGAAGUUCUCUUUUUGCAAAUGGCCAAUCAUCAGGACGUGCAACGCAAAUUACAAGAGGAAAUCGAUAUUAUAAUCGGUUCCAGAUUUCCACAUAUAGAGGAUAAAAUCAAAAUGCCUUUUACUGAAGCUGUACUUAUGGAAACUCAGCGUAGAUAUCUGGUGGCACCUGUUAUCGGUCCACGACGUGUCCUUGACGAUACAACUCUUGAAGGUUACACGAUACCAAAGAAUUCCACUGUUUUAAUUAAUAUUCAUAGUAUUAGUAUGGAUGAAGAAUUAUUUCCCGAUCCAGAAUCAUUUAAACCUGAAAGGCAUCUGGACGAGAAUGGAGCUUGUCGAAAGGUCGAAAAUUUCACACCAUUCGGAAAAGGAAAAAGACGAUGUCCAGGAGAAGCAUUGGCAAAAAGUGCAUUAUUUCUGUUGUUGGUUGGAGUAUUGCAAAAAUAUAAUUUACUUCCAGUACCAGGUGAAAAAUCCAUUACAGCAGAAUUUACCAGCGGAUUGAUAAUCUCGCCAAAGCCUUACAAAAUGUUAAUCGUUCCACGAUAAUAAUUAAACUAUUUUAUUCAAAUUUUGAUUAUGUUGUUUUUAUUUUAGAUUAACAAAUUAUUAUCACAAAUUAAAAAAUUGUAGGCCCUUUUCGAAUACGUUUAGCAGUAUUUUCUCGUUUUCUAUACAGGAUAAAUGUAAAUCUAACUUCCGAGGAAGAGAGAUUUUGGUGAUUUAUUGUGAUAAAUGUAGUUAGAAAGUUUGUAAAUGAUCUAAGUGAUUGUGACGUAAAUAUACGAAUUUUAUCAAAAACUUA